GACGACGCAACCAGGCUAGCAAUUCGCAAUGGUGCCGUUUCAGCUGGAGAUACUGGCUCUCGUUGCCGUGCUAAUCGGCUUCACCGUCAACACCUAUAUCGUCGUUAUUGUUAUCCUCACGAAGCAGAUAACGUUCGCCAGCAAGGUCCUGCUGCUUCACCUCGGUGUGGUCAACGCGGUGCUAUGUCUCUUCUACCUGAUCUUCUACAUAUUCAGCCUGUGCCGGGUGCUGCCGGUGGCGCUGGACGCCAUGGACGUCGCCUGUCUGCUGUUUGGGCUCUGCUUCAACACGCUGCACUCGAUCGCCCUCUGGACGCUGUGUGCGCUCAACUUCGAUCGCUACUUCGCCAUCGCCACGCCGCUACACUAUGGGACGUUCAUCAACACGAAAAAGCAGGUUCUAAUAACGCUCGGUGCCGGCUGGAUAGUGUCGAUGCUGUUCAGCUUGCCGCAGGCGGUACGAAUAUCGGCGUACAAGUUCGACAGCGACUACGAGCUCUGCCUGCCGAACCUGCAAACGACCGAAUCGCUCAUCUACAGCAUUAGCUUCGUCCUGUUUACCAUCCUGCUGCCGAUCAUCCUGAUCCUGGGCUGCAACAUGAAGGUGCUGAUGAUUGCUCGCUACCAGCGGAACCGGAUCGCGUCGGCCAUCCUGGAGGUGACGCUGUCGGCCCAGCUGACCAUCACACACCAGCGCAACCCGUUCUUCGUGCCGAACCCGGUCGACGGCGACGAAGGGCCCGAGGGUGUCGGGACGGAGCCGGGCGGCAGCGGCGGAGGGCUGGCCGUCAACUGCAAGACGUGCACGCAGGCGUCGAACCAGAACAAUCCGGCCUCGAGCGUCAUCCAGCUGGUCGGCUCGGCCAUCCUGUUCCACUGCCCGUACUACUUCGUCAUCCUGUGGAACAGCGUGCUGCCGUUCGUGGCGAGCGGCUGGCGCACCCCGGCCACCCUGCUCAACCUGGCCUCCUUCCUGCUGCUGCUGUCGCCCACCAUCAACGCCAUCCUGUACGGCGUGCGGAGCAAGAUCGUGCGCCGCUCGUUCCGCAACAUCUGGCGCAAGCAGAAGCAGAAGAUCGAGAUCCACUACGAGAUCCAGGCUCGUACGCCGUCGACGUGCGGCUCGCGGCGCCCCUCGCUCACCGGCACCCAGUUCCAGCAGCAGCAGCAGCUCCAGCUCCACCAACAGCAACAGCAGCCGCUCCUGUUCGCGUUCACCGCCGACGGCAGCCGCUCCGGUUCAGCCGCCACGGCCGACGCUCGCUCGGAGAUCGGCACGGACCCGGACGGGCCGUCCGACUGCCUCUCGCCACUCAGCCGCGUCAAGUUCGGCAGCUGCUCGGCACUAACCGGCGGCUCCCCGUCGCCCGUCACCCUCUUCGCCUGCAAUCCGCUGGCGGCCGUCCCGGCCGCUCUCGAGCAUGGCCGCCGGCCGAAGAUCACCAUCACGAAGAUCCUGCCGGACGAGGAGCCGCCGGAGGGCAUGGCGCACCUUCCACCGUCCCCAUCGUCCCCCCGCUCUCCCCUCUCACCGCUGUCACCCUUCGCGCCCUGGUCACCACCGCCGGACGGCACCACCGAACACCACCAUCACCACCACCACCACCACCACCACCAAACCCACCAGCACGACCCACGCGGUCCCACGGUAGAUGGCGCCACAAGCGGCACCACCACCAACACGACGGUACCACCGAACCAUGACAAUCUCAGCGUCGCAGGACAAUCAGGUGCCAAGCUGCACCCUGCCACACCCCUCCCGGCCGGCACGGCCUGCCUUGAGCCGAAGAUACUGUUUAGGAAGUUUGCCUCGCUGCAGGAAAUUUUAGGCACCGGAACUGACUAAGGACAAAACCCCCCCAAAAACCACGCCGCUUACAGCAAAGUGCUGUGCUAGAGCUAGAGUUAAACCAGUAGUAGCCACCGCCGGGCCGGGCCGAACAGGCUGCUUGCGGACGUAUACCGAGCGACGGGCGAGCAAAGGAUAUAUCAUUAAUGUAGAAGUAACUAAAGCUAAACAAACACCGUACUCGGGCGGGGGGAAACGCAGCGGUACAACAAUCAGAUUUAGGAGUUAAAUUACACAAGUGAAGUAGGGAACGAGCAAGAGAGACGAGAGACCGCAAACCAAAUCAAUCCAUACCAAAUGUUUAGUAAGUAUUAGUCGGGUAUAAACGGCGGGAGGAAGAACGCUAGUGUUAUGAUAUUAUCAAAGACGAAACCCCGGGCACUCGGGCACGGGAGUUGCAACGCAGUACGAACAAUCUUAGGAACUUACUUUAGGCACGUACAAAAGCAUGAUUGAUUAGCGGUAAAUGGUUCUGGUAUCGGAUCAGCAAACGGGAGAAGCAGAAGAAGUGGAAAACGAGUAAGAAAGAGCCCUUCCUACCUACUCACCUUAUAUCACACAUACCUUAACCACACCUGACCGCUGUUGUGAAUGAGAGGAGGGUAAAACUACAGUGCUGUUCGAUGGUAAUGAUAGUCAUGUUCAAUGAGGCGCUAAUGAUGAUGACGGAUGCCCAGUGACACACGCCAGAGGAAAUCGAUGUAUUCAUAUAUUGUUUUGUUUACAAAACGGAACUGCUCCAUAUGAUGUAGCACACACAAACACACACACACACACAGACAUACACGCGAACCGCAACUUAGAGAUGGAAUAAACUAAAAGGAAAUGUUUUUUGUGUUA